AUGAGCAUUAGAAUCAUUAGAUAUAACAGAGGCAGUGAUACGUUUUAUAGACCUGGUGAUAAAAAUAAUAAUUUUGAAUUAUUGGACUCUAGUAGUGAUGAAGAUGAAAGUAGUGAAGGUGAAUUGAUAGAAAGUGAUACUGAAAAUAAGAUUGUAGAAUCAUCUGAAUCAGAAAUAGAAUCAGUAACUGAAAGUGAUAUGGAUAGCAAAGAUGAAUAA